CCUGGCUCCUCGGCGACUUGGCCGCGUCCUGCGCUCCGGGCGCGGGGCCACUGCGGCCGGGCAGCAUGGACCCCGGCACCCCUCCACCUCCAAACCCCACCCACCCGCAGCUCCAGGCCCGAGCCCGGCUCAACGCCACCACCUCACUGGAGCUGGAGAGGAGUGACAAGCCCCAAGCCGGGCCUGGACCCCGAGCCAGGCCUGGACCCCAUGACACAGGGGGUGCAGCAGCUACCCCAGCCACGCCCCAGGCUGAGCAAGCCCAGAACCAAGAAAGAGCAGCUGGCCCAGAGCUUAUGAAGGAGGACAUGGCGCUCCCCUUCGAGGAGGUCCUGGAGAAAGCCAAGGCUGGGGACCCCAAGGCACAGACGGAGGUGGGCAGGCACUACCUGCAGCUGGCUAGUGAGGCAGAUGAGGAGCUCAACAACUGCACGGCUGUGGGCUGGCUGGUCCUGGCUGCAAAGCAAGGCCGGCGUGAGGCCGUCCGAUUGCUGCGCCGGUGCCUGGCAGGCAGGAAAGGCAUCACCUCCGAAAAUGAGCAGCAGGUGCAGGAGCUGACCUCGGAGACGGAGCUGGAGCGGGCAGUGCGCAAGGCGGCCCUGGUCGUGUACUGGAGACUCAACCCCAAGAAGAAGAAGCAAGUGGCCGUGUCAGAGCUGCUGGAGAACGUGGGCCAGGUUGACAGGCAUGAUGGGGGAGUGCAACCAGGCCCUGUCCCCAAGUCCCUACAGAAGCAGAGACGGAUGUUGGAGCGCCUGGUCAGCAGCGAGUCCAAAAACUACAUCGCGCCCGACGACUUUGUGGAGAUCACCAAGAGGUACGCCAAGGGUGUCAUCCCCAGUGGUCUGUGCCUGCAGGGUGAGGACGGGGACGAGGAUGAGGAGCUGGCUGGAAGAAGCCCUGAGGACCUGCCGCUGCGCCUGAAGGUGGUCAGGUACCCCCUGCACGCCAUCAUGGAGAUCAAGGAGUACCUCAUUGACGUGGCUUCCAAGGCAGGCAUGCACUGGCUGUCCACCAUCGUACCCACCCACCACCUCAACGCCCUGCUCUUCUUCUUCAUCAUCAGCAACCUGACCAUCGACUUCUUUGCCUUCUGCAUCCCCCUGGUGGUCUUCUACCUGUCCUUCGUCUCCAUGGUCAUCUGCACCCUCAAGGUGUUUCAGGACAGCAGGGCCUGGGAGAGCUUCCGCACACUCACCGACCUGCUGCUGCGCUUCGAGCCCGGCCUGGACGUGGAGCAGGCCGAGGGCAACUUCGGCUGGAAUCACCUGGAGCCCUACAUCCACUUCCUGCUGUCUGUCUUCUUUGUCAUCUUCUCCUUCCCUGUCGCCAGCAGGGACUGGGUGCCCUGCUCUGAGCUGGCCCUCGUGUCCAUCUUCUUCACCGUGACCAGUUACACCAGCCUGGGCUCCUCAGCCGAGCCCCACACCCGCCGGGCACUGGCCACUGAGGUGGCGGCUGGCCUGCUGUCCCUCCUGCCCGCCCUGCCCUUUGACUGCCAGCCGCUGAAGCUGCUUGGCCAGACCCUGCUCCGCGUGCCACUGGGCCACCUGUUCGUGCUCAACGUCAGCAUUCCCUGCCUGCUCUACCUGCACCUCUUCUACCGCUUCUUCCGCAUGGCACAGCUCAAGCACUUCAAGGGCACCUACUGCUACCUGGUACCCUACCUGGUCUGUUUCAUGUGGUGUGAGCUCUCGGUGGUGCUGCUGCUGCAGUCCACCAGCCUGGGGCUUGUGCGCGCCUCCAUUGGCUACUUCCUCUUCCUCUUUGCACUCCCGGUGCUGGUGGUGGGGCUGGUCCUGAUGGGCCUGGUGCAGCUGGCACGGUGGCUCGUGUCCCUGGAGCUGACCAAGGUGGCAGUCGCAGUGGUGGCAUGUGGCAUCCCACUGCUGCUGCGCUGGGGGCCUGGUGCCCGCGCCUCAGUGGCAGGUGCGCUGCGGUCGCUGACACGUAGCUCUGUGGUCAAGCUCAUCCUGGUCUGGGUCUCAGCCGUGGUGCUCUUCUGCUGGUUCUAUGUGUACCGGUCGGAGGGCAUGAAGGUGUACAACUCCACGCUGACCUGGCCACAGUACAGCACCCUGUGCGGGCCACGUGCGUGGCGGGAGACCAACAUGGCACGUACACAGAUCCUCUGCAGCCACUUGGAGGGCCACCGUGUCACCUGGACAGGCCGCUUCAAGUAUGUGCGAGUGACGGAGAUUGACAACAGCGCGGAGGCAGCCAUCAACAUGCUGCCCUUCGCUGUGGGCGAUUGGCUACGCUGCCUGUAUGGCGAGGCUUACCCACCCUGCAGCACUGGCGGCAUCCCCACCGCUGAGCAGGAGCUCUGCCGCCUCAAGCUGCUGGCCAAGCACCCCUGCCACAUCAAGCGGUUCGACCGGUACAAGUUCGAGCUCACUGUGGGCAUGCUGCCUGGCAGCCCCAACGGCACUCGUGGCACCGAGGAGGAUGACAUCACCAAGGACAUUGUGCUGCGUGCCAGCAGUGAGUUCCGCACUGUGCUGCUCAGCCUGCGCCAGGGCAGCCUCGUCGAGUUCAGCACCGUGCUAGAGGGCCGCCUGGGCAGCAAGUGGCCCGUCUUCGAGCUCAAGGCCAUCAGCUGCCUCAACUGCGUGGCACAGCCCUCGCCAGCCCCACGGCACGUCAAGCUUGAGCAGGACUGGCGUGGCACCGUACAUGGCGCCCUCAAGUUUGCCUUCGACUUCUUUUUCUUCCCAUUCCUGUCGGCCGCAUGAGGAUGCUCCCCAGGGUGCCCCAGCCCCAACGCAGAUACUGAAUGUGCGAGAGAUGUGCUCAUGGGUGUGUGUGUGUGUGCUAUAUGCAUGUGUGCAUAUGGAUGCAUGCAUGUGUAUGUGCUCACAGGGUGUGUGUGUGUGUGUGUGCAUAUAGGUGCAUCCAUGUGUGUGCUCAUGGGUGUGUGUGCUUGUGUGAAUGUGCUCACGGGUGUGUGUGUGCAUAUGGAUGCAUGAAUGGGCGUGUGUGUCCUCGUGUGAAUGCAUGCAAGGUGUUUGCAGGCGCAUGCGUAUCUGCACUCACGUGUGAAUCCAGACUGCUCCGGGCCGUGCCACCCCUUCUUGCUCACCCACUGUGCACACCACGUCGUUGGGAACCAUGUGCUGCUCCUCACACCACCCAGACCUUCCCCAGCAGGGCCAGAGUUGACGAGAACGCAGGACCCCUGUCCUGAGAAGCACUUUAGAGAUGGAAUUCUCCCCCAGAUACCCCCACCAUGUGUGCUCUGCAUUGACUCGUCUUCAAGAGCCAGGUGUGCUGUGCCACACAGACUGAGCCACGUGUGUUAUUUAUUUGCUCCCUGCUGAGCCUGACAGCGGUCGGCGAACCCUGGGGACAGGCAGGACCCCCAGGCUCCUUGGCGGUGAGGCCUUGGCAAUGCUGUCAUCUGAGGCAGGCGGUCCGGGCCAGCCCUGGGGGCUUGGGUCCAGAAGGUGUGUGAGGCACAGCGAUGGCGGCUUGAGCACACCUGGGUUUAGGAAACACGCAGUAACCCAGGUGCCACCAGUGCUGCGAAAGGCUUGGCCGCAUCCCACCCUACAGCACAAAGCAAAGUCCUCCUGAAAUAAAACUCAUGGUGAAAACGUG